AUGACAUCAAAACAUACCAAAGUGAUGCUUUUCUUGUUAGCCCUAAUCGUAACAUUGAUGUGCCAACCACCCGAAGAAGCUCAGCCGAAUUCGAGCAUAUGUACCGAUACAUCGGCAUUAGAUAAUGUGCCGGGAUGUUUUGAUGCGGUGAAAUUAGCGGCGGACAAAGAUACCAGAUGGCUAUCAAUAGAUUGUUGCAAAGCAGUGAAAACACUUCCCGAUUGUCUUUUGAUUGUCUAUCCUGAUAAAGCUUACAAUACUGAAAUCUUCAAAAGCAUUUGUGUCCAAAAGUUCGCUGGAAUAAUUUCAUAA